AUGCGCAAGGAGAACGCUGCAAACUACAGGUCCCGGCAUGCUCUGCUGCUUGGGAGGCCCUCACCAGGCGGAAGAUACAAAGUCCAGUACAGACGGUGUACACGGAGCGGUGAGUACAGAGCGCUGUGUAUGGGGGCGGCAUAUUAACCAUAAUUCCUGAAACCUGUGUGCAUGCCAUGUGUAUACUUAGACCCCCCAAACAUACAGCAACACACAGUCUGGGGCAACAUUCUAACAGUGGAACAGUCACCAUGGAAACCAAUGGAAUGCCCAUGCUGACUGCUCCACACUUAGAACGUGGUAGAUCUCCUAGAUGUUGUAGAACUCCAAUUCCUUUAAUCCAUUGGGAGCUGUAGUUCUGCAAUAUGUGGUGGCUUUUAGUCCAUAGAAAUGAAAACUCUAUGUGAUGCAUAAGAAUUCUCUCUUUUUUUUUUCUUUUUUCUCUCUCUCUCUCUCUCUCUCUCUCUCUCUCUUUCUCUCUCUCUCUCUCUCUUUCUUUUUCUCUCUCUCUCUCUCUUUCUUUUUCUCUCUCUCUCUCUCUCUUUCUCUCCCCACCCCAUACGUGUGUGUGUGUUUUUGUUUUGUUUUUUCAAAUUUAAUCUGGGGCUGUUAGAGGUGAGAUAUUUGUGUGGAUUAAUUUAGAUGAUAUCACCAACUGGGAUGUGGCCCAGCGACGUCACAUUUUACAUUAAAAUGACAAAGAAUUAUGAGUUCAACUAUUCUUCCCACAUGGUGUCCUGGGUUAAUAUGUAACCCUGCAGAGGAAUUCUAGGGUAAAGUGCCUUAUUUGUGUCAGUGUUUUUAAAUUAUUUUAGCACAUUAGAAGUCAGGGAGACAAAGCUCCAAUUACAGUAUGCACUUUGCUAAUUAGCAGUACUCACUAUUGGUCAGCAUUGACCAUCCUCCUGUAUUGGAAGUUAAUAUGCCCACAGUGACGGAGAAUGGCAUCUUGGGGAAUUAAACAUAGGCUAUCUCGGAGCAGUGUGUUCCAAGAUAUGUCUUUUGUAUUGUACAUUUUAUUUGUUAGUAUGUAGUUGUUUGUAUAGUGUUGUUUAAUGUUUACAGUCUGCAAAUAUAUGUUUGCGUCUUGUUAGUGUAUGAAGAUGCACGGAUGUAUUUUAUUAUAUUUUUUUAUAGUGUAAGUGCAUGUGGGUUGUUUGCGUGUUAAUUCAAUUUGUGUAAGUUCAAAAGUGUUAAUAAAAGGUUGUAUUUGUUGGUUUAAGAAUAUAUUUAUGUACAGCGUUAAUAAUGUGAAUAUGGAGGUGUAUUUGCAUAGAAUGUCUGCAUAUUUCUACGUGUGUAUACAUACAUUUAUUUUGUUACCCUUGACCCCCCAGUAAAUUGUCCCGCAUGUACCACACUGAUCUUUGCCUUCACAAAUCUUCCACCCAUGCCAGUUGGUAUAUCAUAUGAGCCAUGACAAGACAGGACAAGCUGGCACUCAGAUCUGACAAUGAACAAUGCACUGUACACAGGGUUACUCUAGGUUAUCCUACCCCUAGUCCUGCUAACUUUGGCACUUUUUAUGUAAAUAAUUCUGUACGUUCCACUUGUAAGCCAUUGACACAUUCUCUAUUUAUUUUUAAAUAGAAAUAUGUAUCUAUAAAUAAAUAUUUUGUUUUGUCUCGCUUUACAAUGUAAAUCUUUUCUAGGUAUCCCGCUGAGCGCCAUGUCACAGCCGCCCACCCUCGAUCAGCCCCCUGCUGAUGUUUUAACAGAUGAUUGUCUCCCUGAAUACUCAUACAUGUACAGCCCAACCCUGCUCAGGUAAGGGUCUCCUUUAUUCUCUGCGAAAUCUACCGGAGUUACAUUACGAGUAUUAAUCAAGUAACUCUCUUACUCCUAGUGGGAGAGUGGCCUUCAUCACAGGUGGGGGAUCCGGCAUUGGCUUUCGGAUUGCUGAAAUAUUCAUGAGGUAAAUAACAAUUAUUAUUAUUGCCAUUUAUAUAGCGCCAGCAGAUUCAAUAGCGCUUUACAAUGUUAUAAGAGAGGGGAUUUAACUAUAAAUAGGACAAUUACAAGAAAACUUACAGGAACGAUAGGUUGAAGAGGGCCCUGCUCAAACAAGCUUACAAUAUGACUUGCAGUUCCUGCAUGUGUAUAAUUAAUAUUGUUUUUAAUUAAAGAUUUGUGUAUAAUUAAUAUUGUUUUUAAUUAAAGAUUUGUUAAAAGAAAUAAAAUUUAUUUACAUUACUCACAAGGAUUCCAAGUGAAAUCAAUAAAUUUUAUUUUUUUUGUUUAUUUACUUUUGUAAUAAAAAAAAAAAGCUGUGUUCAAGUUAAUGUUUGUCUAAAAAUAUAUGUAUACAUCAAUAAUCUUUUAUUAAAGCGAUUGCUACUCUGUGCAAUGUUGCACUCACUGGCAUUAAGGUCACAUUAAACAUUGUCACUGUCUGUCUCCUCUGAUCCCAGGCACGGCUGUGACACUGUUAUCGUCAGCAGGAAUCUACAGCGGGUGUCUCAGGUACGAGAGCAAAGCUUAUAGUUCACAUUUAUCCUCUUUAAACCAGAAAAAGUAUAUCAAAGUUCAUUAAAAUCUAACUAGUGCUAGAUCUUCUGAAAAUCUAUCAAAUUUGUUAUUUCUCUGUGUUUUUGACUCUUUUAAACACUGGAGAAAUUAGAAAUCAUUACACCAUAUUAAUAUAUAUUCUUUUUUUUUUUUUUUUUGAGUAUUUGACUUCUAGUGAAUUGUCUUUUCUUACCAGGCGGCUGAGAAACUGCAAGCAGUUACAGGGCGGCGCUGUCUACCCCUGGCGGGUGAUGUCCGUAAUCCAGAGACUCUUACUGCUGCUGUGGAUGAGGCCCUGAGAACCUUCUCCAGAGUGGACAUUCUGAUCAACAGUAUGUUUAACAAAAUAUCGACAGUGUUUAAUUAAUAAAUGUUUCACAUCAUCUACCCAUCCUUUUCCAAGGAGCAAAAUCUUCCUGUAUUCUUCAUUCCCUACAUUAGAUAGCUGUGUACCUGUCUUCCGAGUCCAUGAAUUUGCUUUCCAUACUGACCCUCCUGUCUCCUGCUGCUAGCAGCCUGUUCUGUGUAUCUGCCUCUGUCUGUAACUUUUAGAUCCCCCUAUUUGGUCUUGAUGCCUCUCUCUUGCAUUGCAUUCAUUCCCUUGAUCUGUUUGAACAUUUUCAAUCAUGUAAUCUUCAUCCCUCCUCUGUCCUGAAUGAUAUAAGCAUCCAAGGAGGCCAGAUUCCUGCAUUCUACCUUUUUCUUCUUGUUCCUUUUCAGAUGCUGCUGGAAACUUCCUCUGCCCUGCCAGUGCGCUCUCUUUUAACGCCUUCAAAACGGUCAUUGAUAUUGACACAGUGGGCACAUUUAACGCCAGCAAGAUCCUGUUUGAAAAGUUCUUUAGGGUAGGUUCUGUACAGUGUAUUAUAUGUGUUGAGAUAUUAUAGAGAACCCUCCAUUCAGCAGCCGUAUGUAGUCAGUCAGUGCUUUCCUAUGGAGUUUUGGCUGAUGCUUGGUGUUGUCAUGUAAAACGUGAGGACGUUCAGCAUCAUUUAGCAGGCCAAAAGUCCACAAAGGACCUGGAAGCGCCUCUGGUGGUUGUCUGGUAGACAGCCACUAGAGGUGGAGUUUAUUGCAGUUUAUCAAAAACUGCAAUAAUUACAAUUUGCAAGGUUAAGGGGACAGGGGCCCUGCACCCAGGCCACUUCAAUGAGAUGAAGUGGUCUUGGUGCCUCUAGUGUCUAUUUAAUAUAUAAAACUGUGUCUUGGCAGCUUCAUUAGACUCACACUCUGGGACAGCAGGCCAGUGUACAUUUUCCAGACAUGCCCUGACUGAUGAGAAUGCAACUAGAAUUCACAUUUUCAGAUAAUUUAAAGAUGAGGAUAGGCUAACAGCAAACACUUGUUUUCUAUAAAACGAAGCAACUUUUUUAUUGAUUUAUUUUUUUAAAGUGUGGGGGGCCCAUAAUUUUGUACUUUUAUAUAAUGUGAACAUUUCUAACAUAUACUCCCUCCUCCCCUCCCCCUCAUGAGCCUGUUAAUGCUCCAUAUUAGUUUUUGGUGUGAGUGUAUAUAUAAUUCCAAUUUAAUGGUUUUACAAGCAUUACCUUGUCAUUAAAUAGCAAUAUUAGCGUAUUCGUGAGCCAGGCCAGUACUUUGUAAAAGCAGACCAGUUAAUCACACUUUGAACAGAUACUAGAUACGUUAAACCAUUUUUUUUGUUUUUCAACCCUGGUCCUUUGCAAUGAAAUAAUCUACCAGCUCUCAAAUAUAGCAUUCAUUGUAAAGAAAUGCCAAGAAGACAUGGCAUAUUUUUGGGGUACAUGUGUCCUUCAUGGGUAUGUUUUUAAUUUUUGUUAAAUUAUAUUUUCCUGUUAGGAUCAUGGAGGAGUCAUUAUCAACAUCACUGCCACAUUGAGCUACAGAGGACAAGUUCUGCAGAUGCAUGCGGGCAGUGCUAAGGCAGCUAUCGGCAAGUAGUUUAUUAAAUGUUUUUGUUUUGAAUGUAUUAUUAUACUUGUCCUGCCCUAGUUUGCCUAUGGUUAUAUCCAUUUCCCUUUGCUAUUCCUGAUUAGCUUAACACUGUUUUCUAGUCCCCUUUAAAGUCCCUUUUGCUAAUUGGCAACAAGUUCUCGUUCCUUCAAUGCAUCAGGGUUCCCCCCCAUACCAUACAAUUCUAUUCUUUAUAUUCAAAAUUAUUUAGAGCAUAUAUAAAAAGUCCAGACACAUGAAAUCUCCAAGGUGCAGACUUUAAUAGCCACUCCGAGAUACAGUGACAGCGUGUGCCUGAAACAUGGUCAUUGUGUUUUGGAGUUCAUAGUAAAAGUUGUAAUUUUGAGAUUUCGUGUGCCCUGAUUCUUUAUAUACGGGUCUUAGUGAACUUUUGGAUUUUCUGCACAGUCGGAUUUUGGAAGCAAUGAUGAGGUUGUGCAUUCCCUUUUUUGGUGACUUGUAUAUUAAAAUAAUGUGAUAAAUGACUUCUGUAUGUCUGCUGAACCCGUACUUCUUGCUUUGCGCUGUCUCUACACCUUCAUCUUGACAUAUUUCUAUUUUCUCAACAGAAUCUUGUGCUGUGUGUUUGUGUCUAUAUGUACCAUUAUAUAACAUACGCCUCCUCUGCGAUGUUUAACCAACUACCACUCCACCAUUUGCGGCCCGAGUUUACAUUGUCCUUUUUUUUUUUUUCUGCAGAAGCCAUGACCAAGCACCUCGCCGUGGAGUGGGGACCCAGCAGGGUGCGGGUGAACAGUUUAGCACCAGGUCCCAUUUCUGGAACUGAAGGCAUGCGCAGGCUCGGUGAGUAACAAGACACAGUGAAAUGGCCUUUCCAGAUAGGACAGAGCUGUACUGAGCAGUUUCAAUGACUUUCAUUUCUUGUGAUAAUACACAGAAAGAUGUGAAUAAAUUCAGUCUUUUGAAGAGGUUUAUAUGAUUCAAAGAUCAGCCAAGAAUUAGAAUGGAGCACACUCAGGAAGGUUUAUAAAAUCUGCCACAGCUAAAAUAUAUACCACAAGGAAAAUCAAACAGACUAAUAGUUGCAGCUGACAACUCCCUGCCCAUAGACAUCAGGAUACCAUCCAACACUCCCAGAUUUUGGCGUCCAGUCCUGCUGUCCCGAGCUUGUUUCCUGGGGACAGCAUGGAGCUGUCAGAAGAAGUAGAGCAAAGUGCUUUGUUAGAUGUUCUUAGUUUAAAGUUCACUUGGGGCAUUAAGCCCAUGCUCUUCAUCAGUACUUGGUUCAUGUGCAGCUCUGGGAUAUGCGGCUGAUCCCUCAUUGUGUUGCAGAAUUCCCACCCACUAGGUCCAUUUCCCGUCCCAUGUUUGUAUCUCCCAAAGCAAGUCAUGGCUCUUUAAUAGAGCUCUCCCCAUUAGUGCUGACCUGGUCAUCAGGAAUGGUUUUACAUCCACUUUUAACAAAGUUAACAUGAGAAUGCCACAGUGAUAGUAGGUCUUAGUGGGUGUUACUUUGUUUGAAAGAUUAAUUAGUAGUAAUUACUGCACCCUUAAUUUCAUAUUAUCUGUGUUCACAUUUCAUGCUCACUCCUCUUCAUUGAUAGAUACAGAAUAAUGUGAAAUGUUUGUCCAAUUUGCCAUUUUGUAGUUUUGUGGCCUUUUGAUAUUGCUGUUGCAUUUAACUUUACUUUUUUUUUUUUAUUCCUUGUAUAUUAUAGGAGGAGCAGAAUUGGAGGCCGCAAUGUAUUCAUCGUCAAUUCCCUUGCAGCGACUAGGAAAUAAGACAGAAAUGGCACAUGGAGCCCUUUUCUUGGCAAGCCCCCUGGCAUCCUACAUGACGGGCACCACACUGGUGUUAGAUGGUGGAUCGUGGCUGACAUCUCCCAAUCAGUUGGCAGCUUCGCUGGGUACCUCUCCUUCUCCUCACCUAUAGAUGAUGCCGCCCAGGCAUGGUGUAAGAGGCAGACUUUGGCAGACCGUGACAUUCCCCACCCUUCCACUUCAGAUCAGUGCAGGGGAACCCUGUGCGGUUUCCCCUACACAUUUUGAAGGGAAGUCCUCUGCUUCUGCUACUUGCCAUCCAGCCUAAUUGCAAAAUUUACACUAAAAUAGACAGACUGUCACGCAGUUGGAGAAUAUUUAUAAAUCCAUUAUUUUUGCCUAAAUUUUGCAUGAAGGUGUUUUUUUGUUUGUUUGUUUUUUUUUUUUUUUUUAUCACUACAGUUUGAUUUUUAACAAAUAAAUCCAACAAAUGUAUUCACUAAACUAGUAACUAUGCAGAUUAGCUAAUUGUAGAUCAGAAGAAAUUAACUGGAAAUUCACUUCUGUAAAAGUAUUUGUUGAAAUUCUGCUAAAAAAACAAAACUGCCUAGCUCUAAGUUGGUAAUUAACAGCUCUCUGUUUAGUGAAUAUACGCUUGGGUGUGUUUUCUAAAUGAACCACAGUUUUUAAAUUUGGUGAAUCAUCUUUGUCACUGUGCAGCUAUUUGCAAGUAUACCUGUCAUGGUACGUACAACUUUCUUUUAAGUGAUAGAGGGUAAAACUUGAUCAAUACAUGCUUGCACAAUGUAUAGAUUUUCUUAAAAACUUGUAUAACGAUAUAUUGAUUCCCCUCUCCUGACAAUCAGUUCCUUGGCAUUCUCUGUUCUGAUGCAGUGAGGCCAGCAUAUUGGCAUCUCGGGGGAAGAGUUCCCAAACAGGUCUUGUCCAAUCAGAAGGGGGGGGAUGUAUGAAGAGGUGUUUAUAUUAUUGAUUCAGCCAAAUACAUAAUGAGCAGUGCUGGAGAAUAUGUGAUCAAUUGGUAAAAUAUAUCAUUUAUUUCUAUGAUAAGUUAAAUAUUCAUUGCUUAACGGGUUGGUAGCAGUUAAAGUGAACGUAUCAUGACCGGUUUAUAAUUGUUCUUUCACUUGAUGUUUCCAUGGUUGCCCUUUAACACAGUGCCCGUUAUAUGCUCCGUAUGGGCUGAGAAUUUAUCACAGUGUCUAACACAUUUUUCUUUGUCUUCUAAUAGAACUUUGGACCUCCAAAAUGAAGGAAGGCAAAUGAAAUAGAUGGAACUUCCAUCAUCGUGAUCCAGCCAAUCUCUUCCUUGGAUUCAUUGCUCAUUUUACCGUCAGUGGCUGCAGAACAUUUACAGCCAAUCCCAGCACAGAGUUAUUCCUAAAAUGUAUAUGUCGAGCAUGUCGGGAUUUUUUUUCCUAGUUUGUUGCAAAAUUGGAAGUGCUUCAAACUGGGUUUUUUGCCUUCUUUUUGAUCAACAGCAAAAAACAAAUGUGAGGAAGGCUGAACUUGUAACUAUCGGCCUAUGUAACUAUGUGCAAGGCUAUAUGUAUCUGGAUGAUAGCAGAGCCCAAGUAUAAGGAAAGAAAAAAAAUCAUAACAAAGUCGAUUUAAAGGGACGUAAAGCACUUCAGCUUGCUCAUGUGCUUUCUCUGUCUGGAGUUGGUCAUAUUUGUGACAGCUUAAAAAAUUGCUGUUUUCAAUAGAGAUUGACACUUUUAUAGUGUCGUAAUAUUAAAUUAGACCUUGAGAACAGUUGCAUUUCUUGAGCACAAAAUGAGAAACCUACUGAGACCGUUUUUGUUUGUUUUGGGGCGGUGGGGGUUACUACUUGUACACGAGCUGACAGUAGUUACAUUUUUUUUUUUUAAUUCUUUGCAAUUUAAACUUCCACCUAAAAUGCUAUGUCCAUAUAUUCUUCUCCAGAACUAUAAUCUCCGCUUCUGAUUUCCAAGUUUCUUUUAGUAGGGGCUCCAUCAAAAAGGGACUUUUGUGUUUUCCAUGUGUAGACAACACUAAUUCACUUUGAAUUCCUGACAUUUCACACUUUUGUGAAUAACUGACAAUUUUGUUGAGACAGGACUUUUUAUCAGGCCUCAAACUGCAAGCAUUGAAUUGAUUGUAUAUGUGAAUUAUUUCCUUAAUAAAGAACUUUUUAAACUUG